GCUCAUAACGCAACCAUUUCCAAGCCCACCCACACAAAGGCGGGUCACUUUUCUGUCUUGUUACAUGAGUUCCCGCCCUUUUCCUAGUGCGCCUGUGCUGUGAAGUGCAGCCGGCCGCUUUCUCUUCGCCGGAAGAAGCCGUAGCCAGGAUGGCGCUGAAGAGAAGUAUAGUAGCCCCCGCGGGAAGGCAUUCCGCCUCAGUCAUCUUUCUCCACGGCUCAGGUGAUACUGGCCAAGGAAUAAAAGCCUGGAUUAAGCAAGUUUUGAAUCAAGAUUUGUCUUUCCAGCAUAUAAAAGUCAUUUAUCCAACAGCUCCUGCCAGGCCAUACACACCUAUGAGAGGGUCCUUAUCCACUGUGUGGUUUGACAGAUAUAAGAUCUCUAAUGAUUGCCCAGAACAUAUUGAAACCAUUGACUCACUGUGUCAAGACCUUAGAAGUUUGAUUGAGGAUGAAGUUAAAAAUGGCAUCAAGAAGAACAGGAUACUCUUGGGUGGUUUUUCAAUGGGAGGAGGCAUGGCAAUGCAUUUAGCAUAUAGGUAUCACCAAGAUGUGGCUGGAGUGUUUGCUCUUUCGAGUUUUCUCAAUAAGAACUCUUCUGUCUACCAGGCAUUAACAAAGAAUGAAGGAGAUCUUCCAGAAUUAUUUCAGUGCCAUGGAACUGCUGAUGAACUAGUUUUGCAUUCUUGGGGUGAAGAGACCAACAGAACAUUGAAAUUGCUGGGAGUACCAACAACAUUUCUUAGUAUUCCAAAUCUUUAUCAUGAAUUGAACAAAAGUGAGCUAGGAGAACUGCAAGCUUGGAUUUUGAAGAAACUGCCAGAGAAGCCAAAUGACAAAUAACUAAUAAGGGAAAUUUCUAUGUGUCUGAUAUACAUACCAUUUCACACAGAGAUUUGCAAGCUACUUAUCUAAAAGAAAUUGUCCACCUGCCCUGGGUGACUUCUGAUGUAUCAAUAUGGACAUCUGAUAAGCAACCAGGUUUAGGUUUGCAUAGUAAAUUUGAGAACUCAUGUCUCUUUGUAGUGAUUUCAUCUCCCCAAAUUAGCAUAGUAGUUACCAGAGAUAUUCACCACACUAUUUUAACAUGAUGUACUACGAUGAAUUCCACAAAAAAAAUCCUUUGACAUGAAAUAUAGAAUGUGCUUCUAAACUUUUUUUUUUUAACUGAGACUGAAGUUCCAGGGAGUUCAGUGAAUUUUAUUCCCUAAUAAAUCUGUUUAGGAUUGUAA